AACUCAUCAUCUCUCCCAAAUUCAAGAUACAAGAUUAACAAAUAUGGAUCCAUCCAAAUCAUUCGUGUUCAUGUUAUUCUUCUUCUUCUUCCUCACGGCGGCGAAGAUUAUCGAUAGCCGAUCCAACUGGAGAACAGAGGACGAAUUGAUUUCUAUCUACGAAUCCUGGCUAAUCAAGCACGGUAAAUCAUACAGCAACGCCUUGGGAGAGAACGAGAGGCGGUUUCAGAUCUUCAAGGACAAUCUUUACUUCAUCGACGACCAUAAUUCCGUUCAAAACAGAACAUAUAGAGUCGGAUUGAACCGUUUCGCCGAUCUGACUAACCAGGAGUAUCGGUCGAUGUAUUUGGGCGGCGGUUUCCAAAGGAAACUCAGUUCCUCCGCAGCCGGAAAGAGAAGCGAUCGUUAUCUCCCCAAGCUGGGAGAGAGCUUACCGGAUUCAGUUGACUGGAGGAAGGAAGGAGCAGUUGCUGAGAUCAAAGAUCAAGGCAGUUGUGGGAGUUGUUGGGCAUUCUCUACUAUAAGUGCUGUGGAAGGAAUCAACAAGAUAGUUACUGGUGAAUUGAUAACAUUGUCUGAGCAAGAAUUGGUUGAUUGUGACACAAGUUAUAAUGAAGGAUGCAAUGGGGGUUUAAUGGAUUAUGCUUUCCAGUUUAUCAUUAAUAAUGGUGGGAUUGAUACUGAUGAUGAUUAUCCUUACUAUGGUACAGACCAAAAAUGUGAUACAUAUAGGAAAAAUGCGAAAGUUGUUACGAUUGAUGAUUAUGAAGAUGUUCCUACUUAUAACGAGGAAGCUUUGAAGAAGGCUGUUGCAACUCAACCAAUUGCUGUUGCUAUUGAAGGUGGAGGCAGGGCUUUUCAGUUCUAUGAUUCUGGCGUGUUCACCGGAAAAUGCGGUGUAGCUCUAGACCACGGCGUUGCUGCAGUAGGAUACGGUUCAGAAAACGGAUUAGACUACUGGAUCGUGAGAAACUCAUGGGGAAAAACAUGGGGAGAGAAAGGUUACAUAAGAAUGGAACGAAACAUAGCCGGAAGCAACACAGGAAAAUGUGGGAUAGCUAUGGAAGCAUCAUACCCAAUUAAAAAAGGUCAAAAUCCACCCAAUCCCGGUCCUUCACCACCAUCUCCGGUGACACCACCCACGGUUUGCGACUACUACUACACAUGCCCGCAGAGCACGACAUGUUGCUGUGUGUACGAAUACUACGGUUACUGUUAUUCAUGGGGAUGUUGUCCUCUUGAAGGCGCAACUUGCUGCGAUGAUUAUGAAAGCUGCUGCCCUCAUGAAUAUCCCAUUUGUAAUGUUGAUGCACAAACAUGUUUAAUGAGCAAGAACAAUCCAUUGGGAGUGAAGGCGAUGAAACGGAUCCAAGCCAAACCGCAAUGGACCAGUGCUUAGAAGAUGAAGGAUGUAUAAGUUCGAAAAGACAUGAAUUGUUAUGCUGCUGCAUAUUUGAAUUUGAUGAAUGAUUGUCAUCACUAAUUCAUCAUAUGCUUAAUUGUGUAUGUAUAUAUAUUGUAUAUAAAUUCCGUAUUAGUCUUCAAAAUCAAGAGAUAUACAAAAAAAAUCUCUUAGUUUUCUCUUUUUAAGUAGAGAGACUGUGUUUAAUUUUAUAAGUGUA